AGUCACACAUAGGGAACCACAACCAUGACGAUCCAAGGCUGCACUACCCAUCUACAUACGAACUAAUCAUGUAUAUUUAUUCACAAUGAAUCAUGUUGUGUGCUUGUAAUACUAAUACCUGUUUCUCAUCGACCAACUGCCGGAAAGGUACAGAACGAAGCGUCACUCUAUUUGUAGCUGCACAGCAGGAAACGAACGGGUCCCGCAGUAUUACCGUGAAGUAGCUCUUAAGAUGACGCACUUAUCCUCAGUAGUACCUCUGUCUCUAUUACCUAUCAUAUCAUGGCAAGAGCUACAUUGUGACCGUGAUUUUUGAAUUGAAUGCUACAGAAAUCCCAACUCUCCCUGCUUAUCGAUAUGAUGCAUCAACAUCAAUGGUGCUGCUGCCUCCAGCGGGAGAGCGAGAUCAUGUAAGAAUUUAAUCCUUACACACGACAUCAAAGGAGCGCGCGACGAGCGGAACAAGUCGCGCCAUCCCAAUGACUUUCAUGAAAGCACAUGCACAUGUCGUUCGUUCCACGCAGCAAGGGCAUCAACCGAAACGCCAUUGGUGGCGCCUUUGACGACCUCGACGACGUUCUUUACGUGAACCGGGCUUAGGCUGAUCAGUCGCGGCCGUGCAUCAAGUGCGCAGAGGUCGUCAAGAAUAAAGAAGAAGACCGCGGCGGCCGGCUUGGUCGUAUAAGAAGAAAGCUCAUUAUGGUAUCCUUAGCCGGGCGUUUGGAGGGCCUGUCCUGGGUGGCGACGGAUUUCGAGCUGACUCCGACGGAGUUUCGGUUCUCCGACGGGGCCGUUCCUUUGCGCGACGUGCAGGAAGUUGUGUGUUUGUCGGACCGGGAGCUGCGCGUCCGCUGUGCCGGGCGCGACUUUCUCAUUCGGUGCCGCACCGCAGACGAGUGCGAAAAGUGGCACCAAGGUUUUCUCGAGAACGGGCACAGGCUAGGACUGGAGUUUGGACCGAAGAGGACCUCUCUGGCACCUGCGCCGGGCGUCCCCGACCAUCUCCAACAUGCUGGGGGGGUGACCAACUACACUUCUGUACUGCCGGCUCCUGGUGAAUCCGGUAGGUGGAACGCCACCCAGGAUCAUCAGGGUGAAGCACUGGAUGUUUCCGCGAACAACUACUCAGCGAGUAACUUUCCAACAGCGUCAGCCCCGAAUAAUUCGGGAGUGGACUACUUCAUUUCGGCCGCCGCCUCUACCACAUCGUCUCCAACGCGACCCAACGAUAAUAUCGUCGACCUUUCAAACUUACUCACCUCUUCUGCAACUGCAACUGGACUACAUCAGCCGAAAUAUUAUACGACUGGCAGCGCCGCAUCAGCAGGAGAGCCUGCCCCACCGGAUAGUUCGCCGGUCUCGGCAAAAACGGGCGCUCUCCCCGAAAGGGAGCUUUUGCAGCGUUUUCUGCGGACCAAUAACAUUUUCGCGGACCAUUUGGUUCAUGCGCUCCAGUACGUACGGCUGCAGAUCUCCACCAUAGAAAAUUCCAACGACCAUCUGGCGCGCCUCCAGCAACAAAUGGAUCUGAACGCAAACGGAAAUAUGUCGCAAUUUUUCGGGAUUUCCGACACCUCCCGGGGAAUGACGAUGAAUCGUGUGUCCGUCUCCGUGUUGCUGCGGUAUUUGAUUCGAUUUCUCUCCGAACGCAAUGAAGAGGAACGAAGACGGGAAAGUACCAUUAUGGAACAAAAGUACGAGAGCGACAACUGGCGCUGGUACAUAUUCGCUGCGGAGCGGCGCAUCGACGCGACUAAGAUUCCGAAGAUUUCGAUCCCUCCGGCCGCACAGAAAGACGUGCAGCGGUUCACCUCCUUUCUGCCGCGACUGAUUCUAGAGGCGAUCGGCAAGGGGAAGAUCGUGAACAACGUCAUCGACUUUGCGCCGGGCAAGCCGAUGCCGAACCCGGUGGUGGGGUCCACGGAGUCCGUGUUGGUUUUUGUAGAUGCCUCAGGCUUCACCGCAAUGACCGAGAAAUUGACCAACCUGAACCGGGGCACGGAACAGGUGGGCACUUUUCUGAACAGUUUCUUCCGCCGCCUGAUUGACAUCGUCCUGCGGUGGGACGGGGACAUACGAGAGCGCACCACUUGCCCGCCCCCUCGAGCGACUGUUGCCAUGACUACCGUGAAGAACAGGAUGAUGGUCAAUGUCGAAUUUGUUACAGAAUAAGACAGCAGAUGCUGAAAUGAGAAUGACCUUACUUCACCAGCAUUCAAAUCCAAACUUGACAACUUGGAGUGCUUUUGUUUUGGCUUCGAAAUUUGUCUUCAUCACGAACAUCUUCAGUUAGGCACAUUUUUUAUGCAAUGAGGGCGGCGCUACUGGAACAAUUUCUCUUAAUGUUAUUCCACAUGAAAAAUGAAGAGGCGCGGCAGUAUUGCACUCUCAUACGACAUUAUCAAGUUCUCCGGCGACGCGGUAACUAUCAUGUUUCCCAUAUCUUGAGGAAAAAUCCCUGUCCCUCAUCCCUGUCUCCCAGCUCGGGUGGAGAUCAUUUGUCGUGUCGCUGGACCUUUGUUGGAAAAAAUGGUUCAUCAAGUUAAUGUCUCCACCCAUACAAGUUUAAGUUGUCCACAGAGCCUUGAUCAUAAUAUUUUUUUGGCAGUUGUCGUCUCGCAGCACAAGGCUAUCUAUUUAUACUCAAUAAGAAACCUCGGGCCAGAAAAAUGCAGUGCGUUUGGCUGCGGAUAGGGGUGAGAUUUUUCCGCAUGAUAAGUCGUAGACCCGGAGGACGACAUGGAGACCAGAAAGACAGCACCGCUCCGCGCCGCCUGUUGCUGCCAGGAGAUCCACCAGAAGCUCAGCCACUACCCUACGCCGGUCAGCGGCGUGUACUUCUCCUUCCACAUCGGAGUGGGAUACGGGCCCUGCACGCUGCUGCAGUUGGGUGGGGUACUGGGCCGGUUCGAGUACUGCGCCACCGGGCCCGCGUUCCCGCAGAUCGCAAUUGCAGAGCCGCUCGCGCGGGCAACGCAGACUUGCGCGUCCCCGGAGUUCCUUGCGGUCUACGAGCAAGCCCUGCACGCCUUCAGCGGCCGCGAGGAGACGCCCACUCUUCCGGUCAAGGACGGGCCGCCGGGGUACAGAAUUAUGGGCAAGAUCGCAGACCCCGAACAGUACCUCCCGCAAAGCGUGUACAAACCGAGCCCUGACUUCGACGUGACCAUGCUCUCGCGGUACAUCCCCAUGUCCGAGUUCCGUGCAAUUCUUGCAGACGAGAGGUUUGAGGAAGAGAUGCGGAAGAUCAGUGUGAUCUUCCUGUCUAUCAGCAGUGAAGAGCGGGCGGGCGCGGACGUGGCCAGGUCGGCGGAGGGCGUCCUGCUGACGCAGUUGCUGAUGAGCUGCUGUCAGCGGAGCUGCUACGCGCUGGAAGGCAGCGUAAACAAGUUUGUGGUGGAUGACAAGGGUAUGCUGCUGCUGUGUUGUUUCGGGUUGAAACCGCUGAGCCACUUCGGCGACGACCCGGUCCGCGCCACCCUAGCGGCUAUGCGCAUGCUGGACACCCUGCGUGAGGAGGGCGUGAAGGGCCGCGCCGGCGUGGCCACGGGAAUGGUGUGGUGCGGCGUGAUUGGCACUAUGAGAGUCCACAAUUUUUCCCUCCUCGUCCCCUCACUAGCAAGGCCACGGCAUGAAGAUGUUCUACAGAAACUACAGAUGCAGAAGUAACAGCAACAACGCACCAGCUUCCGAGGCACGAUAAGGUUCUUAUUGAAUCAAUAUAGAAUUAUUUCGAUUUGGAUUUUUUGCAGGGAGUUUUUCUUUACAGUCCCACAACUUGUCAUGCGAACAGUGUAAAAUGUAUAAUUUUAAGCCUUCGAAGAUUUGUUUUUGGUGUUUUGCGUGACAAGGAGAGGAAAAGCUACGCACCCUCAUAGGCACCGCGCAGCGGCGCGAGUAUACCGUGUUGGGGGACGUGGUAAAUCUUGCAGCACGUUUGAUGGGGAAUGCCAGCGAGGAGUGGGGUAUUCUCGCCUGUCCCGAGACGGCGCGUUGCUUGCAGAACAACAACAUCGAGGUGCUGGCCUUGGAUCCGAUCAAAAUGAAGGGCAAGGCCGCCCCGGUGCCGGUCUUCCGCCCAACGGGACGCCUGUUGCGUGAUUGGUUGUCCAAGCGCGAAUCCGCGCUCUUCCAUCCUGACGCAAAUGGCACGGAAGCAGAGCGAGAAGUAGGCGACAAAAAGGUCCUCGUCGGCGCAACCAUCUUGAAUCCCGAAGAACCCAGGGGAACAAGGGCUGCUGCUGCAUCGUUUCCACCAAAUAAAUCGAGUACUGGCACGACCAGCAGUGCAGGGGCUACUCCUACUUCUACGGGAAAAAGCCAAAAUCUUCAAGAUUUUUGGUUGCGUUCGUCUGAAUACGUGCAGCUCGAAACCGCCGUCACGGAUCAACUAUCGCAGGGUGGUGGCGUCACCGUCGUGACGGGGGAUCCUGGCACGGGGAAGCACGAGAUCCUCGAACCGCUGCGCAAACUUGCCCAGCGCCGGACUAGGGACCGGACACAGAAUCUUCAUUCAGAAAACUUUCUCCUCCUUGAGGGAAACGCGCUGAACCCAACGCAGUCACACAUGGUACGAAAUAAACACAUGUUUCUUCGUCACGGGAAUUUUUAAGCGUACUCUUAUACUAUGACAACUGUUAGUUUCAUCUUUUUUAGUACUUCCAGAAGUACCUGCAGCAGCAGAGCCGUUUAAUUUUUUUUCUCCACAUGAUUUUAUAACUCCUAUUGCUGAGCAGGGGCAGUUAAAACUUUGCCACGGGGAGGAAAAUCAUCCACGCCGAAAAUUUUUUGACAAUUUCCAAACUUUCCAAAGCUGUCGCGAUUUGGGAAGUCGCCCAACGCGCAACGCGCAACGCCCAACGGCAACCGGCCAAAUCGCAAACGCCCAACGCCCAACGCCCAACGGCCAGCUCGAAAUAUUUUGCAGCUCGAAAUAUUUUGCAGCUCGAAAUAUUUUGCAGCUCGAAACAUUUUGCAGCUCGCAAUAUUUUCUGGCUCGAAAUAUUUUCCGGCUCGAAAUAUUUCCCGGCUCGAAAUAUUUCCCGGCUCGAAAUAUUUUCCGGCUCGAAAUAUUUUGCGGCUCGAAAUAUUUUGCGGCUCGAAAUAUUUUGCGGCUCGAAGUGUUUUGCGGCUCGAAAUGUUUUGCGGCUCGAAAUAUUUUGCGGCUCGAAAUAUUUUGCGGCUCGAAAUAUUUUGCGGCGCGAAAUAUUUUGCNAUUUUGCGGCUCGAAAUAUUUUGCGGCUCGAAAUAUUUUGCGGCGCGAAAUAUUUUGCAGCUCGAAAUAUUUUGUAGGUCCGAAAUAUUUUGUAGGUCCGAAAUAUUUUGUAGGUCCGAAAUAUUUUGUAGGUCCGAAAUAUUUUGUAGGUCCGAAAUAUUUUGCAACGCAAAAUAUUUCGCGGGCCCCGUCGAAAAUGUUUCGCAACAGACUCCCAAUCAAACUUUUCUCCCCGUUUCACUUCCUUACUGAAAUCCCUAAGGAAAACAAACCCCCAAGCAAACUUUUCUCACCGUUUCACUUCCUUACUGAAAUCCUAAAGGAAAAAAAAUUCAGCUGAUCGCGCGCCCGAGAAGAGCAACGCGAUCAGGCAGUCGAAGACCGAAGGCGUCGACUGCAUCCCUGCAAGCUGUGCAUGGGUUGCCACCUAUCCUACUGCGAAAUCUUUCCCCUGGGUAGCCCGAAUUGCUGCGCUAAACACAGCAACUCGGGGAAAACGAGCAAAAUUCUCCCUCCCCUUACCCGCACCAUCCCACUAUCCCCUCACUAUCCUGAUACCCUCCAAGUACCCUAGCGGGAAAUCUUUCCCCUGGGUAGCCAGAAUUGCUGUGCUAAACACAACAACUCGGGCAAAAAAGUGAACUCUUCCCACCCGUUGCCAAUAUCCUCCAACUAUCCUGAAGAUACCCUCGCAAUAUCCCAAUGGAAAUCUUUCCUCUGGGUAGCCAGAAUUGCUGUGCUAAACACAGCAACCCGGGCAAAAGAAAUAUCCUCCCACUAUCCUGAUACCCUCCCAGUAUCCUACUGGAAGCCCUCUCCUUGGGUAGCCAGAAUAGCUAUGCUGAGCGCGCCAAGUCGUAAAAAGAAGCAAACUUCUAUCAUCCGUUCCCAACAUCUUGCCACUAGAAAGGUAGCCCCGCAUCACCCCAAUGCCUUCCCCGGGUCGCCAGAGUAGCUGUCGUGCUAAGCACAGCAAUUCGGAAAUAAAAAAAAAAACCGAAAAGCCCCGAAAUUUCCCCUGGGAAUGCCCUUGGGCAUCUCCACCCGACAUUCCACCUGGAUACGCCUUGAGGCGUCUUGCUUCGCCUGAAAUUGCACCAAGGCCCGCGCUGCAGAUGCUUUCUCAAAGUAAGUGUUUCCAGCUGGAUUUCCAGAUAGAAAUGGAUCAGGCCUCUUCAGCUGGAAAUCCAGCUGGAAACACUUUGAACAGGCCAGGUGGGAAAUGCAUUGAGAAGGCGUCUGCAGCUGCGUUUCCAGGUGGAAAUGCGCUGCAGAUGCCUCUUCCAAAUGUUUCCAGCUGGAUUCCCAGCUGGAAAUGCAUUGAAAAGGCGCCUGCCGCCGUCUGGGACACGCCGCCGGCGGCCAAGCACCAGGCGAGCAGCUGCCCACCACCCUCCCCCGGCGCCCUCCCUCUGUUCGCGAAGGGAAGGUCGCGCCCCAGCGCCAGGCUUGCAGGCGAGCAGCUGCCCACCACCCUUCCCCGGCGCCCUCCCUCUGUUCACGAAGAGGCCGGCAGAGGGCGCCACCGUCCACCGUCUCUGUCUUGGAGGGUGCCUGCGCGCGAGGGAAACAGGCGGGGGCGAAACAGAUUGCGUGCGAGCUAACGCGGGGGGCGCCGUUGUUGUCCGGGGGUGCUGGGGGAGGGUGGUGGGCCCCUGCGCCCAGAGGGCAAUGAAUGCCUCGCGCUGGCGCCCGUCCUCCAUCCAAGCGCGCGGCAGGGGCCCCAGCGCGCCCCCGUUCUGCAAGGCUGCGCGCGGGGGGGAGCGGGAGGGCACCAAGGCGCACAGGGGCGGGGCACACAGGCAGGCGGCACGAACGGGCCACACCACAGACGCGCGGGCGGGGCGUCACGCGCCAGCGCCUCGCAUGGCGCGGGCUGUUCUCCUGCUUCCUUCCCCCGUCCACUGGCGCCCGCUCGCUGUCGCGCUUUGCGUUGUUGCUUGGGCCUAAGGCUUGCCGCCACGCAAACGCGCGCCCAGUGCGGGCGGGGUCCUCGCGCUCGCACAACGACGGGAACCACGGGCGCCAUGGCGCUCCGCCUUCGUUCUUUCAGCAAGAAGCGGCACAGAUGCCUGGCCCCGCCCUGCAUCAAAAAUUUUUUCCCUUGCCCACCCUCUGGCGUUUUUCUUUCCCCCCCGUCCACUCGUUCACCCUCCCACUGCGCGACAUAAGUUGCGGCCUUGUAUUUAUAUGAACUUGGUCGUGUCCUCGCCCUUGUCCUCCUCCUCGUUCUCAUCAGAGCGCUACAAAAAUGAUCCUCCUUGACCCUUAAUGCCUGCUUGUGAUUGUUCUGAUUCCUCAACAUCCUGACCACCACGACCACGGAUGAUCUUUAAGAGCGCAUUUCAAUUAUCAACACGAGCUGUGUUGUUUCCCGAGAGCAACUACUUACGCACAACAACGAACUACAGGUUCAAUUCUUGCCGUGGCAAACAAUUUUCAACCAGCUGGGUGAGGCGAUUCGGGCAGAUCUGGUUUUGAUCGAGGAGAUCAAGGCGCGCACGGGGCUGAAGUGCGACAACAUGUGCGAAAUUAUGACGGGCUUGUUGGCAGACGAGGAACUCUGCGUCUGGCUUCCGCUGCUGUCCAAGGUAAUGUGUUCGGUUGAAUUUGUAUCCGAUUGCACAAGAACCUUUUGUUCUCUCGUCCCUCGUUCCCCUCGUGUGGUGCACUGCAUGAAUCACGACUACAGGAGAGCUGCCACGCGGAGAUUUCCAUGUUGACAAGUCAACUCACAGAGGCAGACUGCAUCACUUGCAAUGUAGUUCCAGUUCGACUGCUUGCAGUUCGACGUCUGCACCCUUCUAGUUCAGCUACGAUAGCAGACAUAGAUGAAUGAUACCGCACUCAAUAUCGUUGCGCUUUUGCAACAUCCCAUCACUAAAAAUGCGGGGCAGGGCCAGGAUCAGCAUAGUACGUUGUGCACUCGCAUAAUUUGGCGACACAGUCGUGAAGGCGCAAACCGACUGUGAUCUGCGGCACACCGGGCGGAACCGCCUGAUGCAGGUGUGUCUUGGUGUCCUCGACGCGUACAGCAGGCGCCGGCGCAUCGUGGUGCUGCUCCACCUGCAGCGAUCUGCCGCCUUCUUUGAGGACCAAGACAAGCGCACCGGCGAAUUCUCCGUCGGCUUGACUAAUUUUAUCCUCAAAGAGCGCCGCAAGGCACGACAGAUGAUGAACACAAGAACCCAGCACCAGGCAUUCGUAUCAGCUGCCAGCAACAAGAAGGACCACGCCAAUAACAUGCACAACCAGAUGAAAAACAUACACUGGCAACAACAUCCCUGGGCGCAGCAACAAGGGCAGCUGCUCUCGUCAUCACAGAUGAAAACAUUCGGAGGGGGUGGACCAGCACAGGACGCGGGUUCAUUGGUGUUCGUACUCUGCACGCGGCCGCUGCAGCAGUCGUCAUGGUUCGACUAUGUGAAGGAGAAGGCGGAGUGUAUCAACGGCCUCGUGCACAUGCAGUACUUCUCCCGGGAGACGGCGACCGAGUACUUUCGUCAUUGCCUCACCCGGUGGCUCCACGAGGACUGCGCGGGCCUCGAGCUCCCGGAGGACGUGAAAGAUUACUUGAUGGACAUGUCGGUUGGCAAUGCCUUUCUUAUCAAUCUUCUUGCCGAGCACUUCGUGCGAAAGCGUUUAGUUGCGGUUCUCCCGACGACACGAGGGAUAGGGGAACAACCAGGGAGAACCAUAAGUAGUGGCGCCGCAGGUGGAGGACGAGAUGAUCUCAGCUAUUCAUCUGCGGAUGUUGCGUCACAGAAGAACAGUAGCCCCAGCGGCGCGCCUUCCAAUGCUGGUGCACCGAGCUCACUUACCCUUUCCAGCAACCUGCACGCUCGUCGCAGUCUUCUGAAACACCAAGCACGGCGGUCGGGGCUAAUGGCUCCCGGAAACAACAGGGAUAAUCAUAAUUUUCCUUUUAGCGAUGAUGCUCCUCCAGCCUCACCCGCCGCGCAGCGAUCCACAUCAAAAGACGUCGCACAAGUCGUUGCUUUUACCGCGAGUAUCGACGAAAUCGACAGCUUGGAAGUUGAUGGGGUGCUCGGAAUUGCUUUCACACACUUCGACCGGCUCAGCUUUAGCGAGCAGAAGGUGCUCAAACUCUGCGCGGCACUGAAUCUGGAUAACUGGACUAGCUCCGACAUAGCGGCUGCGGAAAUGAGCGCGAUAGGAGAAGAGAACUGGGAGGCGGUGUAUGCACAGUGAAUUUCCUUUCGUACUGCACAUUGUGCAAACGUGGCUCCUUGUUCCGUGUGAGAAAACAAAAAACAGAGUGCACUGAAAAGUUUUUCACGCGUUAAAUUUGUGAUGCAUUAUUUUGUCCAACGUGUGCUGUGGGAAAUUUGCAUUGCAUACGCUAGAGCUGAAGAUUACAAAAGCCGAAACGCUCCUGCAACGGCUCGCGCAGCGCGGGAUUCUUUCCGCCGAGCAGCUGCCGCUGAGUAUUAUGGGAAACACAGGAGUAAGAGACGCCGAACGUGGUCCCACGGCUACGUCAAAAACAGGAGAGCGCCGCGAAGGGCGAUCUUCGUCUGCACAGGACGAGGAAAAGCCACUGAAACCGGAUGAGCAGCGGGAGUUUGAAGCGGGAGAACGCAAAGCAUCGGGCCCAGCAUCUUCAGACGAGAAGAGACCUGAGCCCAACACGCUUCGUGGGUCGAGUGGGAGCAGCAUAGUUCCGUCCAGCGCUAUGGAGAGAAAAAAAGGCUACAGUAAACACAUCACUGUUUAGUUGCAGAAACGGCAACACAGUCAGGGAACAAUCUCCCUGCACGAAGAGAUGCGCAGGACCAGCAAUCUUACAUACAACGCAUGAUUACACUUUAACUUGUCAUCUCCGCACGUAGAAGAUGAAAUACACCUGAUUCAUCAUUUAUUUGUUCCUUUUCUUGUCAUGCAGAUCCAGUUCUGGCAGACCAAGCUAUCUCGUCCUGUGCAUGCUGAUGCUGAAUCCGCAACAUGAACACAAUACUUAUGAAUGUGGGAAUGUAAAGCUUUUUUUUUUGGAUAAGCGCAGCCGAGCGAGAGAAGCUGGGGUUGGAGCAGGAAACGCCGCUGCUGCGCGUCUACUCCUUCGCGGCAAAAUUUUACAGGCUCGCGGCAGAGAAGCAGGUGCUGGAGAGUCAGCGGAUUUUUACCCAGAACACGCACCGUGACGUGGUGGAGCGGCACCAGGAUGGUAGCUCGGUGCCUCAAAAACGAACCACCUCUACGCGGAACACGAACAGCGACGUCCCCAGCGUCCCGCUGUUUCUCCCCGGGAGUUCGCUAUCAAAAGCGACUGCGAGCAGCCCGAGCCUUUCUAAGUCGGUGCCCGGGCUAGCAUCUCCCUCGCAAACGAAAUCAUCAAUAUAG